AAAACCUUCGCGGUUCGGCGGCGGAGGGGCCCGGAUGCAGGGGGACGGCCGCGUCCGGCGGAGGAAGGAGGCGAAGCCGAGCGGAGAGGAGGGAGCCCGCAGAGGAGCCCCCCGGUCCGGGCCGCGGCGGCGGGAAAGGUGUGGACCCGGUGGAACUGCCGAAGGGCCGCCCAACGAGAUGAUCCAGAGCGAGGAGGGACCCCCUGGAAGGAGGGUGCCCGGGAAGCGAUGCGGGGCGGCGGAGGGCGUCGGAAUAGGCGGGGAAAAUCACCCAGGAGAGAAACCCUAUAAAUGCCUGGAGUGUGAAAAGAGCUUCAGUGUGAGGGGAAGCCUCAAUAAACAUCAAAGAAUCCAUUCAGGAGAGAAGCCCUAUAAAUGCCUGGACUGUGGAAAAAGCUUCAAUCAGAUAGGAAAUCUCAGGAUACAUCAAAGAAUUCACACAGGAGAAAAACCCUACAAAUGCCUGCAGUGUGGAAAGAGUUUCAGAGCGGGAGGAUAUCUCAGUCAACAUCAAAAUAUUCACACGGGAGAAAAACCGUAUAAAUGCCUGGAGUGUGGAAGGAGCUUCAGUGACAGGGGAAGCCUCAAUAAACAUCAAAGAAUCCAUUCAGGAGAGAAGCCCUAUAAAUGCCUGGACUGUGGAAAAAGUUUCAAUCAGAUAGGAAAUCUCAGGAGACAUCAAAGAAUUCACACAGGAGAAAAACCCUAUAAAUGCCUGGAGUGUGGAAAGAGUUUCAGAUCGAGAGGAGAUCUCAGGAUACAUCAAAAAUUUCACACGGGAGAAAAGCCCUAUAAAUGCCUGGAGUGUGGAAAGAGUUUCAGUCUUAGUGGAAGCCUUUAUAUACAUCAACGAAUCCAUUCAGGAGAGAAACCCUAUAAAUGCCUGGAAUGUGGAAAAAGUUUCAGUCAGAUAGGAAAUCUCAGGAUACAUCAAAGAAUUCACACAGGAGAAAAACCGUAUAAAUGCCUGGAGUGCAGAAGGAGCUUCAGUCAGAGUGGAAGCCUUGAUAAACAUCUAAGAAUCCAUUUAGGAGAGAGACCAUAUAAAUGCCUGGAGUGUGGAAAGAGUUUCAGAUCGAGAGGAGAUCUCAGGAUACAUCAAAGAAUUCACACGGGAGAAAAGCCCUAUAAAUGCCUGGAGUGUGGAAAGGGUUUCAGUCUUAGGGGAAGCCUUUAUUCACAUCAAAGAAUCCAUUCAGGGGAGAAACCAUAUAAAUGCCUGGGGUGUGGAAAGAGUUUCAGUCAGAUAGGAAAUCUCAGGAUACAUCAAAGAAUUCACACAGGAGAAAAACCCUAUAAAUGCCUGGCGUGUGGAAGGAGCUUCAGUGUGAGGGGAAACCUUUAUACCCAUCAAAGAAUCCAUUCAGGGGAGAAAUCAUAUAAAUGCCUGGAGUGUGGAAAAAGUUUCCAUUCGGUAGGACCUCUCAGGAUACAUCAAAGAAUUCACACGGGAGAAAAGCCCUAUAAAUGCCUGGAGUGCGGAAUCGGCUUCAGUUGCAGUGGGAGCCUUUGUACGCAUCAAAGGAUCCAUUCAGGGGAGAAACCGUAUAAAUGCCUGGAGUGCGGAAAGAGCUUUACUCAGAGUGGACAGCUCAGGGCACAUCAAACAGUUCACACGGGAGAAAAACCCUAUAAAUGCCUGGAGUGUGGAAAGAGCUUCAGUCACAAUGUGGGUCUCAGUAAACAUUAUAAACUUCACACAGAGAAGAAAGUUUAUAAAUGUAUGGAGUGUAAAAAAUCUUUCAAAAGAAAUGGAAAUCUCCAAAACCAUAUUAGAAUCCACACAGGAGAGAAACCAUAGAAAUGGACAGAGCGUGGCUAAAAUCUCCAGUAACCAGCAAAGUCAGUGCAGUCCUGGAUGCUGAGAAACUCAUUGACUAUUUAUACACAGACACUUUUUACAAUCUAAUACAAAUAAAUCUAUUAAGGCACAGGUGUGCAUACUUACCCUUCAUAGCCAUCUCAACGUGUGUGUGUCAACUUGAGUGUAUGCUGUAUUAUCAGCCCAAACAAUCAAGGGUAUGCCAACUUCUGAACGCGACCAUUUUACUGUUUCCUUUAUUGCUAUGGUUUGCUUAACGAUUGUGCUGUUCUAAGGUGCCUACUAGUUUAAUUUGAAUCAUGUUACAUAUUAAA